AUGUCGGACUUGUAUAAAUCAAUAUCGAGCAACUUCCAGGCAUCAGGAAAGCUGGGCACAAGCGAGUCAGCCGACGACUCGUCGUCCCCAUCUAGCGCCAGCAACAUCAUCAACAGCAUCACCAACAUCACCUCUACCAAUGUCCCAUCAAGAGAGGACGAGACAUUCUUCACACCAGUGGCUCGUACACUCAUCAGCUUCUUUAAUGCCUCCAAAGAGGUUACUCCUAAGGUACAGCAGACAAUGGAUGAUGGCUUCAAGUCCGCCGCAAAGGGAUUCGUUGACACUGUAAACGUUGUCAGUGUGCGCAACAACUACAAGAAGUCAAUGGAGAUGUUGGAUCAGGCACCACCCGCACUUGUUGUUGGUGCAGCAACCUUGUUGCCAAUCGUAUUGUUCAAGAAGGUUCCCUCAGUCAAGGACCCAGCAUUGGCAGUGCUAGGUUUCAGUGUAUCGAUGUACUACUGCUACCCUGAGCUCGUGUCAAAGGCAAGCAAGCGUGUGGUAGAGUUCUACAAGCAACAGACAGCCAACAGACAGCUCAUCGAGAGCGUCACCAUCAACCCACCUCCCGCUCUCGACAAACCAUUGUCGGACAAGCAAUAA